AUGGAGUUUGUGCGAACGCUGUGGUUCGCCCUGGCGCUGACGCUGGGUCCCGGGCCCGCCGGGGGCCACCCGCAGCCGUGCGGCGUCCUUGCGCGCUUGGGGGGCUCCGUGCGCCUGGGCGUCCUUCUGCCCCGCACGACCACCGCCCGCGCCCGCGCCCGCGCCGCCCUGGCCCGGGCUGCCCUGGCGCCGCGGAUGCCGUACAACCUGAGUCUGGAGCUGGUGGCCGCCGCACCCCCGGCUCGCGAUCCCGCCUCGCUGGCCCGCGGCCUGUGCCAGACGCUGGCGGAGCCGGGCGUGGUGGCGGUGCUCGCCUUCCCCGAGGCGCGGCCCGAGCUGCUGCAGCUGCACUUCCUGGCAGCCGUCACUGAGACCCCCGUGCUCAGCGUGCUCCGGCGGGAGGCGCGCGCGCCGCUUGGCACCCCGAACCCGUUCCACCUACAACUGGACUGGGCCAGCCCCCUAGAGAUGCUGCUUGACGUGCUGGUGUCUGUGCUGCGGGCACAUGCCUGGGAGGACAUUGGCCUGGCCCUCUGCCGUGUGCGGGACCCUGAUGGCCUGGUGGCCCUCUGGACAAGCCGGGCUGGCCGGGCCCCAAAGCUCGUGCUGGACCUGAGCAGGCCGGACAUGCGCAAUAUAGGGUUGCAGGCCCGUCUGGCCCCGCUUGGGGCGCCAGUGGGGGGCUCAGGCCCGGUACCAGCAGCUGUGCUCCUUGGCUGUCAUGUGGCCCCAGCCCAGCAGGUGCUGAAGGCCGUGCCCCCUGGGCCCCGUUGGCUGCUGGGCACACCACUGCCUGCUGAGGCACUGCCCACCGAGGGCCUGCCACCUGGGCUGCUGGCACUGGGCGAGGUGGCUCGACCCCCACUGGAGGCUGCCAUCCACGAUGCGGUAGAGCUGGUGACACAGGCGCUGGGCAGUGCAGCCCGUGUACAGCCGGAGCGCACCCUCCUUCCCACCACAGUCAACUGCAACGACCUGCAGCCAGCUGGGCCCAAGUCCUCCCGCCGCUUCUUGGCACGGUUCCUGGGCAACACAUCCUUCCAGGGCCGCACGGGGCCAGUGUGGGUGACCAGCUCCUCCCAGGUGCACAUGUCCCGGCACUUCCGGGUGUGGAGUCUGCUUCAGGAUCCGCUGGGCACCCCGGCCUGGGCCACGCUGGGCAGCUGGCGGGACGGGAGGCUGGAGCUGGAGCCCAGGGGCGCAGCUGCGCGGCCUCCGCCCCCACUGGGCGUCCAGGCCCGGCCCAAGCUGCGCGUAGUGACGCUGGUGGAGCACCCAUUCGUGUUUGCCCGAGAGCCAGAUGAGGACGGGCAGUGCCCGGCGGGGCAGCUGUGCCUGGCCCCUGGCACCAACGACUCGGCCACCCUGGACGCCCUUUUCGCUGCGCUGGCCAAUGGCUCGGUGCCCCGCGACCUGCGCAAGUGUUGCUAUGGCUACUGCAUAGACCUCCUGGAGCGCCUGGCGGAGGACACGCCCUUUGACUUCGAGCUGUACAUCGUGGGCGAUGGCAAGUACGGCGCCCUGCGGGACGGCCGCUGGACCGGGCUGGUGGGCGACCUGCUGGCUGGCAGGGCACACAUGGCGGUCACCAGCUUCAGCAUCAAUUCGGCGCGCUCGCAGGUAGUGGACUUCAGCAGCCCCUUCUUCUCCACCAGCCUGGGUAUCAUGGUGCGCGCACGUGACACAGCGUCACCUAUUGGCGCCUUUAUGUGGCCGCUGCACUGGUCCAUGUGGCUGGGUGUCUUCGCAGCCCUGCACCUCACCGCGCUCUUCCUCACGCUCUACGAGUGGCGCAGCCCCUACGGCCUCACUCCCCGCGGCCGGAACCGCGGCACUGUCUUCUCUUACUCCUCAGCCCUCAACCUCUGCUACGCCAUCCUGUUUGGACGCACCGUGUCCAGCAAGACACCCAAGUGCCCCACGGGGCGUCUGCUCAUGAACCUGUGGGCCAUCUUCUGCCUGCUCGUGCUGUCCAGCUACACAGCCAACUUGGCCGCCGUCAUGGUGGGGGACAAGACUUUCGAGGAGCUGUCGGGGAUCCACGAUCCCAAGCUGCACCACCCGUCCCAAGGCUUCCGCUUCGGCACCGUGUGGGAGAGCAGUGCGGAGGCCUACAUCAAAAAGAGCUUCCCAGAGAUGCACGCGCACAUGCGGCGCCACAGUGCGCCCACCACGCCCCACGGCGUCGCCAUGCUCACGAGCGACCCUCCCAAACUCAACGCCUUCAUCAUGGACAAGUCGCUCCUGGACUACGAGGUCUCCAUUGACGCCGACUGCAAAUUGCUGACGGUGGGCAAACCCUUCGCCAUCGAAGGCUACGGCAUUGGACUCCCGCAGAACUCACCACUCACAUCCAACCUGUCCGAGUUCAUCAGCCGCUACAAGUCGUCCGGUUUCAUCGACGUGCUGCAUGACAAGUGGUACAAGAUGGUGCCUUGUGGGAAGCGGGUGUUCGCCGUCACAGAGACCCUCCAGAUGGGCAUCUACCAUUUCUCGGGUCUCUUUGUGCUGCUCUGCCUGGGCCUAGGCAGCGCACUGCUCAGCUUGCUGGGCGAGCAUGUCUUCUACCGCCUGGCGCUGCCACGCAUCCGAAGGGGCAACAGACUGCAGUAUUGGCUGCACACCAGCCAGAGAAUACACCGCGCCCUCAACUCGGAGCCACCGGACGGGCCGGAACGGAGGGGUCCGGAGGAGCAGCAGCAGGACAUGCCAGUCACCCCCGAGGGCACGGGGGAAUGGACACGGGUACGCCGGGCCGUAGUGAAGCAGCGUCGCGUGCGCUUCCUGCUGGAGCCAGCCCUGGCCGCUGCGGGCAAGGAUGCGGAGGGGGCCGGGCCGGCCGAAGGCCCCGUUUGGCUCUGCUCUGAUGGCUGGCCCCCCGCCGCGCUGCCCACGGGCGCCCCUCGCCCCGGCGAGCUGAAGGAGCUGGAAGAGCACAUCGCAGGCGCACGGAAGCGGCUGCGCCAGGCGCUGCUGCGACGCGAGAAGCUCCUGACCCAACUCCGGGGCGGCGCCCGCGACCGACCGCUUCGCCUGCUCCAGGCCUACGCGGAAGCGCCUGGGACCGCCCCGUGACGCCUCCACCUGCAGAGCGGGUGGGAGGUGGUGACGCCCCAACCCGCCCCGCCCACGGACUGACCCCCGCACCCGGAGCCUGCGCAGAGUCCCAGUCUUCGGCGCACGCGCAAACGCUGGCCGGGCGCUGUCAAGUUUAUUCUAUAUACAAACACAAUUUCGUACACUGCAAUUAAACAGAACGGAAUGAGC